AUUAGUUUCUCUAGCAUAAAUGGCAAAUAAACACAGGCAAGGCAAUAGACGCUCUUUCUCUCAGGAAAAAAAUGGCAACGGCCGUGCCACCGCCGACUCGAACGACAGUUCUGUCCCUUUUCCGGUCAUUUCUGCGAUCAGCCCGUCAGUUCCCUGACUACAACAUCAGGGAGUACACCAAGCGCCGUACCAUCGACGCUUUUCACAGCAACAAAACUCUGUCUAACCCUUCCUCGGUCGCCGCUGCUUUCGCCGACGGAAAUUAUCAGCUACAGGUUGCCAAAAGACAAGCUCUUGUGUACUCAUUCUACUCUCCCAAACUCAAAAGCAUCAUGGACAUCAAGCAUUGAUCGAUUUGAAUGGUAUUUAUAUGUGUUGUUAGGGUUUCAAAACCAUUUUACGUUACAUAGAGUUAUAACUGAAUUCAAUAAUGGCUAAUCCAUAGUUUCUGAAGCUUUAUUUUAUGGCAAGAAGUUGCUUAUAAAUCUUGGAUAUAUGAUGUUCAAUUCCCCCAGGAAAUUUAUGUUUUCCCUUUCGUUUCUA